AUGCAGAAGGGCGAGGGCGCGGACCCCGAGGUGACAUGGGAGGACCAGCAGAACAUCAACAAGUUCGGGCGGCUCAACAACCGCCUGCACGAACUGGACGACGAGAUCAAAGGCAAGAAGGACUACCUGGAGAACAUUGAAGACGCCAGCAAUGAGCUCAUUCUAUGCGACGACGACACGGUGCGGUACAUGGCGGGGGAGGUGUUUCUGCACACAGACAAGGACGAUGUGGAGGGGCAGCUGGAGGCGCUGAGGGAGCGCACGAGUGGCGAGGUGGCGGCACUGGAGGGGGAGAAGAGCAGCCUCGUGGCGCAGAUGGCUGAGUUGAAGGUGGUGCUUUGGGGAGAGCAGGAGGGGGAGCGCACGAGUGGCGAGGUGGCGGCGCUGGAGGGGGAGAAGAGCAGCCUCGUGGCUCAGAUGGGCGCGCUCAAGGUGGUGCUGUAUGGGAAGUUCAAAGAUGCUAUUAAUUUGGAGGACUGA